AUGGCAGUGGCGACCUACGCAACGACGACGACGACGACUAUGGUGCUCGUCGUCGUGCUGUCCAUUUCGACCAUCGUCCCCGUGGCCAUGGCCGACGCCGGCUUCAUCGCCACCACCUGCAACAAAACCCACAACGCCAAGUGCGUCGCCGUGCUCACCGCCAACCCGGACAGCGCCGACGCCUCCACCGUCUCCGACCUCGCCGGCGUCGCGCUCGACCUCGCCGUCGCCGCAGCCAGCGACGCCGGGGCCCUCAUCAACGACAGGUCCAGCAGGUACGGCGGCGGCGCGCCGGAGGGGGAAGCGCUGCGCGCCUGCAGCGGCGCCUACUUCGACGCCGCCAACGACCUCGACAUCGACGCGCACGACAGCCUCGGCUCCGGCGACUACGCCGCCGCGUCGCGCCUGGUGUCCGGGGCGAGUGGCGCCGCUGACACGUGCGACGCGGCGUUCGCCGCCGCCAAGGUGAGCUCGGUGAUGGUCGACGUCGACCAGAAGAUGAAAGACAGAUGCGGCGUCGCCCGUGAUCUCAUCAACCUUCUCAUUAAAUUCCCCCCAAGUGAUAAUUAG